AUGUUUCUAAUAUCUGUCCUUCGUUAUGCACUCUCCAUUCUUGUGCCUCUGUCAUUAAUCUUUACUUCUUACUUGUAUUUGUACCCGGCAUUUCACGGUUGCGCCUUUCCCUCACCCGAAUAUGAUGCUUCGGAAGCAUAUGUCAAUACACUUCGCAAACACGCGCUUCCAAAUUUAUACGAUGCAAAUAAAGUAGCACCAUUUAGGCUCCUGGCUUUGGGCGAUCCCCAACUCGAGGGUGAAUCCUCUAUACGAGACAUCGACUCGGUCAAUUUGCCCAAUUUGAAGAAGUUUCUUAAAGAUUCUGGAAUGAGUGGCAGCACGAAUCAUAGCCUUUUGCAGCGCCUGCGGCACAGCCUCCAUGAUAUCAUAGACUUCUGGCUCGACGAUCUCCCUAAGGCUUUCGAAGUUUAUCGCAAACGAUUCGAUCACAUUGGUAAUGAUUAUUAUCUGGGGCAUAUUUACCGCGCAACACAUUGGUGGUUAGAUCCUACACAUGUUGCCGUGCUCGGCGAUCUUGUUGGGAGUCAAUGGAUAGACGACGAGGAAUUUGAGGAACGUGGGCGAAGGUAUUGGAAUAGGGUAUUCAGACACGGAGAACGGAUUCCGGACGAGGUCAUGUCGCAGCCAGCUUUCGAAUUUCAGGAUACAGUAAUACUUGGAGAAAAUGCUGCGGCCUGGAAGAAGAGGAUUAUAAACGUUGCAGGCAAUCAUGAUGUUGGGUAUGCUGGGGAUAUUUCGCGGGAUCGAGUUGCUCGAUUUGAGCGUGUCUUUGGGAAAGCGAACUACGAAUUACGAUUCCAGCUGCCUUACAAAGAUACUGGUUUUAUUUCCACGACUGCGGGAAAUGUGGAUGUGAGAGAUAUGCCUGAAAUUAGGAUUGUGAUCCUGAAUGAUAUGAACCUUGAUACGCCUGUAUCUGACAAAGAUCUUCAAGACGAGUCUUAUCGAUUCCUUAACGACCUGAUAAGCACCUCCCAUGCAGUUGAACGAUCUGCACUUUUCACAAUAGUCCUCACUCAUAUUCCACUAUACAAAGACGAAGGAAUUUGUGUAGACGGCCCAUUCUUCGAUUUUUUUGACGGAGAAUUCGAGAAUGGGGUCAAGGAACAGAAUCACCUCUCACGCGAUGCCUCUAGAGGUAUACUUGAAGGUAUUUUUGGCAUGAGCGGUAACGCGGAAGUAGCCGGUCAAGGCAUGGGAAGACGUGGUGUCGUUGUGACUGGUCAUGACCACGAAGGCUGUGAUAUUUAUCACCACAUCAAUCAAAGUUCGCCUGAAGAGGAACGAGAAUGGAAAUGCAAUAGAUACACAGAGGUCAAACGCAUCGCAGACCAAUCGGGUAUUCCAGGACUGCGCGAAAUAACAGUGCGGAGUAUGAUGGGAGAUUUUGCCGGGAAUGCAGGGUUAUUGAGUUUAUGGUUUGACAGAGACAGCUGGGAGUGGCAGUUCGAAUUCGUGAAUUGUGGAUUGGGUACUCAGCAUAUUUGGUGGUUUGUGCAUAUUUUGGAUUUUAUCACAGUAAUUGUGGGCAUUGUCUACGGUGUUUGGAGCGCGGCGUUGAAGAUUCGAUUGGUUUUGGGGUUUGAUGGGAAUGGGAACAAGGGUGGGAAAAAGGGGAAGAAGGUUACAUUCGAGAUGAUACCGAGUACAAGCCGUGUUGUUCCAAAGAAGUUGACGGGAAAAGCUGGCACUAGUAAUGAGGAGGUUAAAGGAGUCGUUGACCGGGGUUCUAAAUAA